AUGGGUAAGGCUCACCUAAGUAAUGGUGGCGAGCCAUGUGAGCCAUUGCUGGACCAACCGGAGGAGAAAUCUAAAAGCACUCUCAGCCCUAACCCAGAGGCAACAGCCAAUAUUUUUUCUAGGAUUACUUUUAUUUUUAUGACCAGUCUCUUCUACAAGGGAUCUCGAAAAACACUGGAAGAAAAGGACAUGUUCGAGCCUUUGCCGAAUCAUGAAUCAGAAGCUGCCACGAAUCGUUUGACGAGAGCAUGGAAUGACGAACAAGAGAUGGCUGCAAAGGCAAGAAGGCCUCCCAGCCUGAUGUCAGCCAUUCGGAGAACAUAUUGGAAGGAAGUUGCUCAAUUUGGUAUUCUACUCUUUUUGGAGGAAAGUGUUAAAAUUUGCCAACCACUAUUUAUGGGUCGUCUCAUUCGAUACUUUCGCUUUGAUGCCCCCAUGACCGAAAUGGAGGCUUACGUUGGUAAGUUAAUCAGAAGUACAUGCUUCCUUUCAGUGGUUCCGUCUUCGUGA